AUGCCCAAAUCCGCAGCGGCGCUGUCGCAGGCCGUCGACCAGAAAGUGUACGACUUGCUCCACGAGCUUCUCCAGGAACAAACGGAGCAGAACCGGGCGGGUGCCCCGGGCCUGCCGGAGCUGCUUCUCCACAUCGCCUUGGCCCGAGAUCUCCGGGCCCUGGACGUGAUGCUGUACGUGCAAUCCCACGACGCCCUGCUCCGGCGCACCAAGCGCGCGGUGUUGGAGAGGUCCGUGGACGUGGUGUUGAGGAUGUGCCGCCAGGACGAGGCCGAGGAGUUGGCGGAGGUGAUUCGCGUGCAGCACGAGCAUGCCAUGCAACGGGCGGCCGAGCUCGGCGCCGACCCGGAGGCCGAGCUCGGCGCCGACCCGGAGGCCGAGAGCAGGCUCAUGGACGUGGUGGACUCCAACGACUUGAACCGGCUGGUGGUGGCCAUGUGGGGCCGGUCUGGCAGUGGCCGGGCAGGGGUCAAUUCCCAUCAAACGUCCCACGAAACGCCUGCCCACCCCGAGGCACGCAAACGGGCCCGCGACGCCAAGGCGCCCGGCAAAACCAAGAAACCCAAGGUCGAGCACUGCACGCCCAGCACCACGCUCGCGGCGUUGGGCGGGCUCCAGGCCGUGACCACGCAGCUCAUGGAGCUCGUGGGCUUGCCCAUCCUACAUCCGGAAAUCUACGUGGCCACGGGCGUGGAGCCGCCGCGCGGCAUCUUGCUCUACGGCCCGCCCGGGUGCGGCAAGACCACGAUCGCCCACGCGUUGGCCGGCGAGCUCCGCGUGCCGUUCAUCAGCGUGUCCGCGCCGUCCGUGGUGUCCGGCAUGUCCGGCGAGUCCGAGAAGAAGCUCCGCGACAUCUUCGAGGAGGCGCGGGCGUUGGCGCCGUGCAUCGUGUUUCUCGACGAGAUCGACGCCAUCACGCCCAAGCGCGACGGCGGCGCGCAGCGCGAGAUGGAGCGGCGCAUCGUGGCGCAGCUCCUCACGUCCAUGGACGAGUUGACGCUCAGCAACACCGGCGGCAAGCCCGUGGUGGUGGUGGGCGCCACCAACCGCCCGGACGCGUUGGACUCGGCGUUGCGCCGCGCGGGGCGCUUCGACCGCGAGAUCCUCUUGAACGUGCCGGACGAGGCCCAGCGCUGCGCCAUCUUGCGCACCAUGACCGCCGGCUUGAAGCUCCAGGCGGGCGACGCCUUCAACUACUGGGAGUUGGCCAAGAUGACGCCGGGCUUUGUGGGCGCGGACUUGAAGAGCUUGGUCACGGCGGCGGGCAUCGCGGCCAUCAAGCGCAUUUUCGAGGGCAUGAGCGAGGAGGAGGCGGGCGCCAGGGGGGGUGCGGCCGCCAUGGACGUGGACACCCCGCCCGACGUCUUGCACGUGUUCCAGCGCCAGCCCCAGCAGCAGCAGCUCUCGACCAUCCAGCGCUUCUUGGCCCGGCACCCGGGCCCGCUCUCGGCUGCGCAGCUCGCGCCGCUCAGCAUCACCUACCAGGACUUCAAGACCGCGCUCCCCACCGUGCAGCCCACGGCCAAGCGCGAGGGCUUCGCCACGGUGCCGGACGUCACCUGGAAACACGUCGGGGCCUUGGCCCGCGUGCGCAUGGAGUUGCACAUGUGCGUCGUCCAGCCCAUCAAGAAGCCCGAGCUCUACCAGAAGGUGGGCAUCAGCGCGCCCGCCGGCGUGCUCAUGUGGGGCCCGCCCGGCUGCGGCAAGACGCUCCUCGCCAAGGCCGUGGCCAACGAGUCCCGCGCCAACUUCAUCUCCGUCAAGGGCCCCGAGCUCUUGAACAAGUACGUGGGCGAGUCCGAGCGCGCCGUGCGCCAGGUGUUUCUGCGGGCCCGGGCCCUGGCCCCGUGCAUCAUCUUCUUCGACGAGUUGGACGCGUUGGUGCCGCGCCGCACGGCCUCGCUCUCGGAGUCCAGUGCCCGCGUGGUCAACACGCUCUUGACCGAGCUCGACGGCUUGAACGACCGCCUGGGCAUCUUCGUGGUGGGCGCCACCAACCGCCCGGACAUGAUCGACCCGGCCAUGCUCCGCCCGGGCAGGCUCGACAAGACGCUCUACAUCGAGUUGCCCGACGCGGACGAGCGCCUGGAGAUCCUCCGCACGCUCACCGCCGCCAACCACACGCCGCUUGCGCCGGACGUGGACUUGCGUGCCGUGGCCGCGGACGCCCGCUGCCGCAACUUCUCCGGCGCAGACCUCUCGCUGUUGGUGCGCGAGGCCGGCGUGUCGGCCUUGAAGAAGAAGUUCUUCUUCGGCCAGCAGGUGCAGGAGUUGGACGACCUGGGCUUCUACGUGGACAACGCCAGCGACGACCACAUAGUGGUCACGGCCGCGGACUUCCUGGCCGCGCUCUCGACCAUCACCCCGAGUGUGAGUGACAAGGACCGCGCCAGGUACGAGAGGUUGAACCUGCGCCUAGGCUGGGGCGUGAUCCACGAGGACAAGAAGGACGGGCCGGACGCCCUGCAGGCCCUGUAG